GGGGGGGGUGGGGGAUGUUCAAGAAGAUCAAUAACGCGUUCCGUCCCAACCAUCACGGGCCCAGAGGGCAGCGCGGCGCGGGUGGGGUCCGGUCGGAGCAGGACUACCACAGCGCCUGCACCGUCAGGCUGGUCCGCAGCACCUCCAUGCUCGUGGUGGGAGAGAAAACUCUCGGCUCCACCUUAAAACGGAGCAAGAGCACCGUGAGCAUUGAGUCGACCUUGUACUAUUAUCACAGACAAGAGGACCGGAUAUGGCUCCACUCUCAGAAUCAGAACUGCCUGGAGUACCUGGAAGCACUCGUGACCCUGAGGCGGCAAUACACGAAGAGCGUGAGCGACUUGAAAAGUAACCGGUCCGAGGCCGCGGUGUCCCCGGCGAAGGGGGCCGCGCCCCCGCCGCCUGCGGAGGAGCGACCGACACCGAGAGCCAAACCCUCCGCGCCGCCGGUGCCCAGCGAGGAGGCCACGUUGCGGUUCUUCGAUGCGGUGAUCGCGGGCUGCGACGGCGAACCUCUGCGCAAGCCGUAUGUGGAUGAUGGACACGCAGAUGUGGACUUCAUAGUGGCCUCCAGCUCGGCCGAGCACGACCUCCACUCCAACUGGGUGCUGCGGGUCCCUCGGGUCGCAGACGACUCCGGGCAGAAAGCGGUUCGCGACCGCCCCAAUGAACGCGCCCCGAAGAAGAAAAGCCAGAGCGGAUCCACGAGCAGCCGCCUGCGUCUGCAGAGGAACCCGAUCCAUCUGCCCAAAGUGGUGGAGAGCGCCUUCCAGACGCUGCGCUUCAAGCCCAAAUUAAAAAAGCCGUGAAGCUCGAUAGGACAUUUGGAACCACCAGCUCUGUUGAGUCCCACCCAGUUUGUAUGAUCUGCUAAAGCUGCGUCCAGACAAUCGGCACUAUGAAAUAUUCAAGAGGAAUUUUAAUAAAGAAAUUGCAAAAGAAACAUAAGAAAAUCC